AUGUCGGAUAAGGAUAUAAGAGAACAAACACUCGUGAAUAACAACGUGCACAGGAUGUGUCAGAAGCCAUGCGGCCGUAUCGGCGGCGCCGACAUCGAUGUCGACAACGACGACGGCCACGGCUAUGACGACGACGACGAAGAUGAUGACGAUGAAGAUGACAAUGAUCAUGACAAUAAUGAUGAUGAGGAUGAAGAUGAUGCCAAUGACGAUGAUGAUAACGAUGACGACAACGGCGGCGGAUAUCCUGGAGAUGGAGAAAUGAAGGACUCCGAUAAAUUCCCCAGACCUUCCCCAAACCUAAAACUGGGAUAUAAGACGCCUAUAAGACGUUUUGAAGACAUCUUAUUUAAAUACGACUUUAAGACGUCUUGUGUCCCGGUGUUGUCGUGCUGUUUAGAUCUCUUCUGUCUCAUGCGUUACGACUAA